GUCACCUGUGGUAGCUACCUAGGACCUUCUGCAACUAGCUACAUUACUGUCUGGCAUCUUCACUUCUCUUUUUCUUUACCUCUUCCCCCAGAGCACGCGCGCUCCCACUUCGCCAAUUUCGACCAAGUUCAACUCGACAAUAUGACCAGCAGUGGCAUAAGGUCAGCUUCGACUUCUCCGCAAGCGGAUAAGGCGUUGCGCCUCCGACGUGGCAAUGCAGAAAGUCUUGGCAAAGACAACGGUCGCUAUGCUGACCGCGACGCUCAACCGGAACAUCGGGAUCGGACUGACCCAAUUCGUGCUCAUAGCGGUAGUGAUGCAUCCCCUCCAGGAGACGAUCCGUCCAACGAGCCAGAUAUUCGCUCAGACCCCAAGCUGGAAGCAGCUUGGCACAAGCUUGCCUCCGAAUUUCCCGGUACUGCAUGGUUCCAACAGAGGCAUCACGAGGGUGACGGUGCAACAGCAACUCCACAUGAGCAGCCUGACAAUGACUGGGCUUCCACGCUUAAAGAAAAAUGGAACAACCUUGUCUCUGAAAUCGCAGAUCGCGGUUUCCUUCAAAGAAUUGUCAUUGCUCUUUUACAGGCUCUUACAGUGACAAUUCGCUUCACCAAGAAAUGUUGGAGUACUCUGUUUUGCAUCCUGAUGGUGACAUCUCCGAUCUGGACACAGAUGCUGCCAUAUCUGGCCAUUGCUGGCUCUAUCAACUGGUGUUUUUCAUCGGGUUUCGGAAUUUCGCCAAUGUGCUGGAUUCCGGGCGUCCCUUCAAACACUAUUACCUCCUCAAUGUUCAGAUGUCCUGUUGAACCUAUCGAUAUGCAAGGCAUAAUCACGACUCACGAGGAGCUCGCCACCUGUGUGGGUUACGCUGGGCGUGCCUCCCAGCUCACUACUGACACGGUGGCGCACGAGUUCGUCCUUCAAGACCUUGAAAUCCGCGUUGACUUAAGCAAUCUGCCGUCCAAAGGUUGUCUAAGCACGAAUUUGCUUUUACUUAUAGACCGGACGCCAAAAAUAGCCCGUUCAUUGUCAGGACUAGCAACAGGGCUUCGUAGUGCUGCCGACGAUGUCAGAAUCACGGACGACCUUGCUAUCAGAAAACUAAAAAAGAUCAACGAAUGCGGUAAAAUCCAAUCAAUCAUCAAUACGGUAUUCGGUACGAGUUCAGAUCAACAAAUUAAGGACAUACUCAACAGCACCACGGAGCAACUCAGUCAGCAGCUCGGCGAACUUUACAACAACACCAUAGAGAUUACGGAACAAGUCGGUGAUGUCCAAGGUAUUCUCGGCCGCAUCAAGAAAGUCAGUUUGGAUGACCUUGGUGGACUGGAUGAUCCUCGCAGUCUUUUGAGCAAACUGUGGACAGUUGUCACACAAGGACAAUCGAUUCAACACGAAAAGUAUUUGGGAAACAAAGUCUUAUUGAACGACUUACUUCAAUUCUACGAAGAUGCUUCUAUGGUUUCCAAUAUAACCAAGCAAGCCCUGUUGCGGGCGGAGAGUGGAAUAAGCAAAUUCCGCGGCACACUUGAGAAAGCUUUCAAUCAAUGGGCAGAUUAUGAUGUUCAGGCGAUAAUUGAGCGGUUUGAAAGUGGCCGUGACCAGUUUGAGUCAGAGACUCUCAACGUCCGACAGAUUCAGUCUUAGGUUGUUAUUGCUUGAUAUUUUUUUUAUAUAGCCAGACGAACUACUGAUCACUG